AUGUUUGAACGAGGAAAAUAUAGAAACAUCCCCAAACAUAGCAGAUACACACAGAAUUUUUCUGAGGAUGUCAAAAAAAAAGAAGAAAGCACGCUGAGUAUAAAGCACAAAGAUUUACAAGCCUCCUAUAAGAGGAGACGGACGAACAAUAACACAAGAGCGCUCACCAUCAUAAUUAGAACGUAG